AUGAAUACCAUUGAAAAAGACUUGCUUUCACAACCUCGUCAUCUGGGUGAUCGAUUGACUAUUCUAAAACCUCUAUCGAGAAGAGGUAGAGGUCCAGGAUUAUUAAUCCUAACACCUGAGAGUUACACUUCACGAACGGAUCGAAAAACACUUGAUCCAGAGCCAAUCCAAAAAUGGGCAGAAGAAAGUUUUGUUGUUGUGAAUGUUACAAUUCCCGAGCAUGCAAUGAAAGCUGGUGAUAUUGAUUUCCAAGCUUACCUGGAGUCGGGUAUAAAAGCUUUAAAGUCUUCACCAGAAUGUACUGAUUCUAAUAAAUUGGGACUCAUUAUCUAUGCUGAAAACUUGGAUGAAAAUAUACACACUGAUUCUGUCUUGAAUUUGUUACUCGGAGGAGUAUUCUCCGUCGCAAUCUUCUUCACUAAUGAUACCAGAAAACUGACUGAAAAAGUUACGCAUAAAUCUAUACCUCCAUUGAUGGUUCACAGCUCCUCGGCCUUACAAGGUCCUCAAAUGAGAUCCGAAGAUAUCUCUCAUGUAUAUGCCACAACAAAGUCGACAAACUUUAUCCUCCCUAGUCAUAAUCACUAUGAUCCAGGGAACGCGGGAGUGGCACAUACAAGAAGUCUUGGUUUCAUCAAGAAACACCUAGGUGGACCUAUCUUUGAUCUUGAAGCCAUUUGGGAUGAGCAUACACUUUAUGAAUUUGGUGAACGGAAUGUUGGGAAAACAAUGGGUACUAUGGUUGAUCAACCAUAUGUAAAUCAUAUUCCAACAAUGACUGGUGGAAUUGGAAGAGGACCUCUAACAGAUUUCUACACCAAUCACUUCGUCUUUAAUAAUCCGGAAGAUACGAAGCUCGAACUUGUUAGCCGGACUGUUGGUGUUGAUCGAGUUAUUGAUGAAUUCGUUUUCAGUUUUACACAUGAUAGAGUGAUAGAUUGGAUUCUCCCUGGAGUCCCGCCAACUCACAAAUAUGCACGAAUCCCAUUCACUUCUGUGGUGAAUGUUCGUGGUGAUCGUUUAUACCAUGAACAUAUUGCCUGGGACCAAGCCACAGCCCUCCGUCAGCUCGGUCUCUUGCCUGAGUAUCUUCCAUUCCCAUAUCCUCUUCCCGACGGCCGAUUGCCUGCCAAGGGAAAGCGAUUCGAAUAUCGAGUUCCAACCGCUGGUGUAGAAACUGCUCAAAAAUUGAUUGAUGAGAGUAGUGUUGCGAGUAACGGAUUAUUUGGAUUUGACAUUCGAGAAGUGGAUGAUGUAUGA